UCACUAAAGGGUACAAACCAAUGAGAAAAGAUCAUAAGCUAGCGACAGACGUAGUCAACCUUUCAAUUGCAGACCGAUUUCUCUGUUUUCAUUGAUAGAUUUUUCUACGAACUGGAUUUCAAAAAAUUGAUCAAUCAAAUUUGUUUUUUCCUUUUUUAUAUUUGUAACGGCGGCCAUUUUUGACGGGAAAAAUUGACGGCUAGCGGGAAACAACCUCCUUUAUAUUAUAAUUUCAUGACUGAAUACUCUCGACACGAGAUUGAUCAAAACUGGCCAUGAAGUUCCAUUUACAUCCUUUACAUAUUUCUCUUAGGAACUCGAAACCUUAACGCAUUAAUCUGUUAAUCGUCUUCAUUAAUGUUUUGAUUGGUUUUGCGGUUUCGCAUAGUGAAUUCUUCAUUUUUGCUUUUUUAGAGAAUCAAAUCAUAUCAGGGAGAGAGAUUUGUUAUUAUUUACGUUUGGUUAUUUUGAUUUCGUCGCGUAAAUGAUAUAACAACUGUUUUGCUUUUGUAGAAAAGCAACUAAAAAUGUUGGCAAAAUUUGCUCGUUUGCCGUCCACUUCAUUAUUUCGCCAAUUUUCAACCACUGCUGUCGUGCUUCAACAACCUCAUUCAGGAAAAGAUGUUAUUGAUAAAGUUAAAGACAAACUAAGCACGAAUAGUAAUAACAGCCAUGGAGGAAGUCGAAGUGGUAGCGACGGAAAAAAAGGUGAGCAAAAAGUGUACUAUUACAUUGUUUAUGUUGGCCGCUUGAUAGCAAUAUUGAAAUUAUCGAAUGGAUUAUGAAGAAAAAAAUACUCUUUUGCUGUUUUAUGGUUGGCUAACGUUUCCGUAGGUUGACGUCUCUCGAAUAGAGAUCUGCACUUGCACAGGAAUUCUCGUGGCCGCAGACACGGACAGGCAACUAUUUCCUUCGACGGGCACGGAUUUUUCAAAAAAAAUGCUAUCAUGUCUGUGGCACAUCAGAGAGAAAAAUAAACGUUUUUUUCUGCACAGGUAUGGGCAGCGAAAAAAUUUCAUGGACUACUGGCCAGGAAGGGCAUGGGAAAACUUGUUUUGCUCGUGCAGAUCUCUACUCUCGAAGCGCUUGCUUUCUCAGUCAUGGGAUUAUAAACGAACGGAAAUUUUCUAUUCUUUUCUAGAUGGUAAUUUGGUGAAAACGUCAUCUGAACCAGCUUCGGCCUAUUCAUCAUAUCCUGAUUUUUCUCGUCGAUUUGGUCCUACUGUUAUUGAUGGUGUUCGUGAAGGAUUAGAAAAUAUUCAAUGGCGUAAAGAGUGGCAAGGCAAACGUUUACUUCCACAUGAUCAAUGGCCUGAACGUGAUUUAGUUAAUUUUCCUCCAUAUCGCGUUAAAGAUGUACCAUCGAAAGUUCGUUGGGGUUUUGUUCCAGACUCGUGGUUUACAUUUUUCUAUGAGAAAACAGGUGUAACAGGGCCAUAUAUAUUCUUAACAGGUGUACUUAUACAUGGUUUUUCAAAAGAAUGGAUUGUUUUGUGGUAUGAUUUUAAUGAAUAUUUAGCAUUGGCAGUGGUCGCAGUUGUUCUCAUGAAGAAACUUGGUCCAUUUCUAGCUGAUUUUAGUUCAUCUGUGACAAAAAAAGAGACUGAUAUAAUUGUGAAUGGUACUCAACAGCAAAAAGCUCUAACCGGUUUAGCUAUAUCCAUUUAUGAACAACAAAUUGAAAAUGCAAAAUCAAUUGAUUUAGUUGCAGAAGCAAGAAAAGAAAUUUUAAAUAUGCAAUUAGAAAUUAUUUAUCGAGAACGAAUGAAACAAAUGUAUGAUGGAGUUAAACGACGGUUAGAUUAUCAAAUUGCAUUACAAAAUGCUCGUAAAGAUUUUGAACGUACAAAUAUGAUUAAUUGGAUAACAAGUGAAGUAAGAAAAGCUAUAACACAAAAACAAGAACAAGAUAUGGUUAAACAAUGUAUAGAAGCAUUAAAACAAAUGGCUAGUACUACUACCGCCAGACAAUAA